CAUCUAGUGGUGACUAGUGGUAUUGCGUUCUUAUAGUUUGUACGCAGAUCAGGACAAACUGAUGACCUUGUUGUGUUUCCCCAUUUGGCCGCUUAAGUGGUCAGUGUGACGUCAUGACAUUAAUGCUCCGAAGGAGAAAAAGGGAAAAAAUAUAAAUAAAAACCAAGCUUUGGAAUAACAGUGAUAAUGCAUCAAUAAUAAUUAAUACAUCAAUAAUUAUGUUUAAUUGUUUAGGACCAACUUUAGUAUUUUUUGUGGUUUCUUUUUAUACGAGCAAUAAUGAGGUUAUGUUUAUUUAUUUAUUUUCGCGGGAGCGCGCAACGCGUCCUUGCGCGCUCGGAAAGUGGAAAGGGGGCGGGGCCAUACGGCUGCAGAGGAGGACAGAUUCAUUCAGGACUAUCUAUCUAGCUGCCGCAGCGACCAGGUACCGCUGCAGACCUGAACCCACAGCAGCAGCAGCAGGAGCGGUUUCAUUUCCACCCCAUCAGCCAGAAGGAACGGGACCACAAGCCCACCCCCGCCGCUUGUCAUCAUGGGAAAUCUGCCGCUCUCCACCGGUCUCUUCAAGACUGAUGAAACGCCAUCUAAGCCAGUCGACGAUGACAAGUAUGUAGCCAGGAGGAUCUGCAACGGCAUCAUUUAUUAUAGUACUCCAAUUACGCCAGCUGGGUCUCACCACCCAUGUUCUGCCAAAGAUUCCCAGCCUCUUCCUCCAUCGGAUGAUUCGUCCUCGCUGCUGUCAGAAACACAAACAGAUACGACCAUUUCUACCCUAAAUCAAUCCCGUUCUCGUCCGCUCCUCGUCUUCUUCUCUUGGCUCGGCGCACAGCCAGUGGCCGUUGCCAAGUAUCGUAACCUCUACUUGGAGCGUGGCAUGGACGUCCUCCUGGUCCAGAGCAGUGUGAUGCACUUCUUGUGGCCUCGUUGGGGCCUCGACUACGGGCUGGAGGUUUUGCAUAUUCUGGAGGAACCCCCGUUCUCAGGACGGGACGUGUUGGUCCACGCCUCCUCCAUCGGUGGCUACACUUUCACCCAGGUUCUCACCCACAUAGCCCAGGAACCCAAAAGACACGGUGUACUGGCACAAAGGGUGAUAGGGCAUAUCUAUGACAGUCUGGUGGUGGGGUCACUGGAGCACAUGGCAACAGGUCUGGGUAAGACUCUGCUGCCUCGCCUAGAGGGCUUCAUAAAGAACACAGCCAUGCUUUAUUUCUGGCUUUUCAAGACCCACACGGCCGACUUCUACGAGAACAGCAUCCAGAUCUUCCACAGAAGCCCCGUCACUUCCCCGGCCCUCUUCUUCUUCUCUGAGAACGAUGCGAUGUGCAACCCGGCGGUCCUGGAGAAGCUGAUCGACUUCUGGAAGCGGAGAGGAGUGAGCGUUGACAACAAGAGGUGGAAAGAGUCCAAACAUGCAGCCCACCUGCGAUGCCACCCGGAGGAGUACCUCUCCACUCUGCAGCACUUCUUGAAUUCUCUGCCUGCUUCCUCCCUUACAGCUACGAUCUAAAACAAUCAUGUUUGCACAUAAAACAAAUCACUGCCUGCACUUUAACGUUUAGAUGUGUUCCCUACUCUAAUAUUAGUUUAAAUUAAUCAGUAAACGUGUUCUUCCUUUGAUUUUUUGCUUUAAGCAUGAUUGGAGUUUCUAUGUAGCAAUGUACUGUAACACGACUCUUUAUGCACUUUACAUUUUUGUAGCAGAAAACUGUUUGUACGCUGCUGGAUUUUUAAAGGAGAAAGAUAAUAUCUGCACAAAACGAGAAAUAAAAUGUGUGGAUUUGACUCCACCCAAUGUGUGUACUUCACCGUAUGCUAAUAAAAAGGAGGGAUGGUU